AGGGGCUGCCGGAUGGCGUAGGAUUAGCAGCUGGUGGUGGUGAUACCGGGUCCCCCACCUAUGGCGCCGGCGCAGCGCUGCCCUCUGUGCCGCCAGACCUUCUUCUGUGGUCGCGGGCACGUCUACAGCCGCAAGCACCAGCGGCAGCUGAAGGAGGCUUUGGAGAGGCUCCUGCCCCAGGUGGAGGCGGCCCGCAAGGCCAUCCGCGCUGCUCAGGUGGAGCGCUAUGUGCCGGAACACGAGCGAUGCUGCUGGUGCGUGUGCUGCGGCUGUGAGGUGCGCGAACACCUGAGCCAUGGAAACCUGACGGUGCUGUACGGGGGGCUGCUGGAGCAUCUGGCCAGCCCUGAGCACAAGAAAGCAACCAACAAAUUCUGGUGGGAGAACAAAGCUGAGGUCCAAAUGAAAGAGAAGUUUCUGGUCACUCCCCAGGAUUAUGUACGAUUCAAGAAAUCCAUGGUGAAAGGUUUGGAUUCCUACGAAGAAAAGGAGGAUGAGGUGAUCAAGGAGAUGGCAGCUCAGAUCCGCGAGGUGGAGCAGAGCCGGCAGGAGGUGGUUCGGUCUGUCUUAGAGCCUCAGGCAGUGCCAGACCCAGAAGAGGGCUCUUCAGCACCUAGAAGCUGGAAAGGGAUGAACAGCCAAGUAGCUUCCAGCUCACAGCAGCCCUCAAACUUGGACCUGCCAGCAGCUCCAGAGCUUGACUGGAUGGAGAUAGGACCAUCUCUGACAUUCAUUGGCCAUCAGGAUAUACCAGGAGUUGGUAACAUCCACUCAGGUGCCACACCUCCCUGGAUGAUCCAAGAUGAAUACAUCGGUGGGAACCAAGAAAUAGGACCAUCCUAUGAAGAAUUUCUUAAAGAAAAGGAAAAACAAAAGUUGAAAAAACUCCCCCCAGACCGAGUUGGGGCCAACUUUGAUCACAGCUCCAGGACCAGUGCAGGCUGGCUGCCCUCUUUUGGCCGCGUCUGGAAUAAUGGACGCCGCUGGCAGUCCAGACAUCAAUUCAAAACUGAAGCUGCAGCAAUGAAGCAGUCACAUACAGAAAAAAGCUAAUCAAGCUCUACCAACUACCAUGAGGCUAAAAGCAAAGUCAACAAACCCCUACUUUCCACCGAAUUCUUUAUCAUUGUCUUUCUUAGGAAACGGACAUACUCAUUUCAUUUGAUUUCAUCAAGUUUUAUUUUUCCAAAUGUA